AGAGUUCCGGCCCUCUUUCCCUGCGCUCCCCCCUCCCCCCCGUAACUUCUAAACGUUGACAAUCUCUACACAAAUCUCAGGCGUUGCAUGGCAACGGCGAAAGGUGGCGCCCUCGAAGGCGAGGCCUUGGCCGCGGGUGGCUGCCCCCCGAUCUUCCUGCCUCCCUCUCUCUGGAUAGGACGAGAAAGCAAGGAACCCUGACACGAGGAACACCGGCGAUCGCCGAGCAACCCUCCCCUGCUCCGGAAGGAGUUGCCCGCCUGGCCUCGGAAGUUGUCUUGGGCAGAGUCCGGCCCAGAGCAAGGCCUGGCUGCCGCUCUUGGAACGGAAUCCCCGGUUCGCCCACGACUAGGCAGGGAAGGAUUCGGGGCUGUUGUCUCCGGCCACCCGCAGGCGGUUUGGCCUCAUGAAGAAAGGGAGCGUGAGUGGGGAAGGCCAAGGCAAUAUAAGAAGUAUCUUGUUGGCCCAGGGAAAUUGCUCUUGAAGAAUUGUUCUGCUUCAUAUGAAAGAUCAAGUGGCAAUUUGUGUGGAAGAAGAACACAAUGUUUUGAAGUAUGACAGAAAUACUGAUGCUGCACCAGAGGCUAGGAAUAUUAAUGGCCAAAUCUAGCAAUCACAUGGUCUUCUGAAAAAGUCAUGGGUAGCUGUUGUAGCUGUCCAGAUAAAGAAAAUGUCCCAGAUAACCAUCGAAACAAAUUCAAGGUUAUUAAUGUGGAUGAUGAUGGUAAUGAAUUGGGUUCUGGUAUAAUGGAACUUACGGACACAGAACUAAUCUUGUAUACUCGUAAACGGGACUCUGUCAAGUGGCAUUACCUUUGUCUUCGCCGCUAUGGCUAUGAUUCCAAUCUCUUCUCUUUUGAAAGUGGUCGAAGAUGUCAAACUGGACCAGGAAUAUUUGCAUUCAAGUGUGCCCGUGCUGAAGAGCUAUUUAAUAUGUUGCAAGAGAUCAUGCAGAAUAACAGCAUAAAUGUGGUAGAAGAGCCAGUCGUAGAAAGGAACCAACAUCAAACAGAGAUGGAAGUUCCACGAACUCCCCGAACACCUACCACACCUGGGUUGAGUGGUCAGAGUUUACCUAACGGGUAUCCAAGAUAUCCCUCCUAUGGAGAUGCUUCAUCCCAUCCCUCCAGCAGACACCCCUCUGUAGGAAGUGCACGUCUUCCUUCCGUAGGUGAAGAGUCAACACAUCCUUUGCUUGUAGCAGAGGAGCAGGUCCAUACAUAUGUGAAUACAACUGGUGUACAGGAGGAAAGAAAAAAUAGGCCAGGUGUGCGUACACCUCUGGAACAAAGGGUAUCUCAUGCAGAAUCAAGCAAGGCAAAAGAAGAAGAAAAUUGUUCUGAGGACAGAGAUGCCCAGGUUGUACUGGAACCUGAAGGAGUCAGAUUUAUUUUGGGACCAACACCUGUCCAGAGACAAUUAAUGGAAAAAGAAAAACUGGAAUCAAGUGGAAACAGUACACAAGCUAUUGGGAACAGUACUGAAACUAGUGUGAGCAGCACUCAAGCUAGUGGGAGUAGUAACAGUGAAUGGGACACUGGAUAUGACAGUGAUGAACGCAAAGAAGCCUCUUCUGGUAAUAAACUAGCAUAUGAAAAUGUAAAUAGAUUGUCUAUACCUAGUGCUCCAGGGCUCAGGAGAGGUCGUCUGAUAUCAUCCAGUACCUCUGAUACACAGAAUAUCAACAAUUCAGCUCAAAGAAGAACUGCACUGCUGAAUUAUGAAAAUUUGCCAUCUUUGCCUCCAGUUUGGGAAGGCCAUAAGCUAAGUAAAGAGGAUGAUGACAGUUUAGGACCAAAGACCCCUUCUCUGAAUGGCUACCAUAAUAACUUAGAUCCCAUGCAUAAUUAUGUCAAUACAGAGAAUGUAACAGUGCCAUCAAGUGCUCACAAAGUAGAAUAUGCAAGACGGCGAGACUGUACCCCUACGGUCUUUAAUUUUGAUAUUAGGCGACCGAAUUCAGAACACAGGCAGCUCAACUAUAUACAGGUUGAUCUGGAAGGUGGCAGUGAUUCUGAUAACCCUCAGACCCCCAAAACUCCUACCACUCCUCUUCCACAGACUCCAACUAGGCGCACAGAGCUGUAUGCUGUGAUAGACAUUGAAAGAACAGCUGCUAUGUCAAGCUUGCAGAAAGCAUUGCCACGAGACGACGGUACUUCUAGGAAAACUAGACAUAACAGUACUGACUUGCCUAUGUGAGCCUGGAAUGCAUUAGUUAAAUUGUUUGCACCUUUGUGAAGUUUUUUUUUAAAAAAAAACAAAUUGUUGAUUUUUAUUUUUAAUACCACCUUUCAUAGAUUCAGUAGACUUUUUUUCCUGAAUAUUCCAUGUGCUUGUUUAAUGAAAGGGAAUUUAAGGUAGAGUAUUAAAUAACACUGCUUCAUUUUACAUUUGUAGUAACAGCUUUUGGACAGCAUCGCCAUCUUUUAUAGUGCCUAUUUUAUUGACUGAAAGUUGGAGUAACCUGCCAUUUUUGACAAACCGGCCAUGUCUGAAGCCCCUAAAGGCAUGACUUUUUAUGCCUCCUGAAAUUUGCAUUAUUAGCAGAUCACUAUAGUCUUUCAUAGUAUAUGUCCAUAGACUCAUAUCUUCCAACUGAAUGUCAUGUGGCAUAAAUGAGAGAUUCUCUGAUCUUCUCUUAUCUGUUUUAAUUGAAUCAAAAAUGGUUAAAAUUCCUCUAUCUAGACUUGGACUGAAUUACUCUGGUAGAAACCAGAACUUAGUUGAUAGGAAAGAACUGACAGCAACUGUCAUUCUUUAAAGCCCUCCGUACAGCUCUCUCAGUGCUGAAGAGUGCAACUCUUUAUAAAUCCAAGUAGUAAAUUAAAAAAUUUAAUAGUGUAUAUGGUGCCGUUUCUUAGAGUGAGUGGCUUGAGAAAAACUGAUGAAAUCAGCAACAUUUUAAGCAUACAAGGAUCAUUUAGCACAGUUUUAAACACUUCAUGAAUUAAUGACCAGAUGCACUUUAAAACCUCCAACAAUAAAUGCAGCAACUAGUACUUGAG